AUGUCGGGCCUGCUGCAGCCGGCGUUGCUGCUGCUGCUGGCGCUACCGGGGCUACUGAGCGGGCGGCACCGCUACGAGCCCACCUGGGCCUCGCUAGACGCCCGUCCGCUGCCCACCUGGUUUGACGAGGCCAAGUUCGGCGUCUUCAUCCACUGGGGCGUGUUCGCGGUGCCCAGCUUCGGCAGCGAGUGGUUCUGGUGGUAUUGGCAGAAGGAAAAGAGGGAGCCCUAUGUGAAAUUUAUGAAGGCAAAUUACCCACCUGGGUUCAGUUAUGAAGAUUUUGGGCCACUGUUUACAGCAGAGUUCUUUGAUCCUAACCAGUGGGCAGAUAUUCUGAAGGCUUCAGGUGCAAAAUAUGUUGUCUUAACUUCAAAACAUCAUGAAGGCUUUACUUUGUGGGGGUCCAAAUAUUCUUGGAACUGGAACGCUGUCGAUGUGGGACCAAAGCGAGAUCUUGUGGCUGAACUAGAAACAUCUGUUAGAAACAGAACUGACUUGCGUUUUGGUUUAUAUCACUCCCUGUUUGAAUGGUUUAAUCCUCUCUUCCUUGAGGAUGCCACCAAUGUCUUCAAGACACGAAAGUUUCCAACCAGUAAAUCAUUACCAGAACUCUAUGAAAUUGUGACCAAGUACCAACCAGAAAUAGUUUGGUCUGAUGGGAAUGGAAAUGCACCAGAUACUUACUGGAACAGCACUGGUUUUCUAGCUUGGCUGUAUAAUGACAGUCCAGUUCGGGACACAGUGGUGACCAAUGACCGCUGGGGAGUGGGCAGCAUCUGUAAGCAUGGUGGCUUCUACACAUGCAGUGACCGGUACAACCCAGGACACCUUCUGCCUCACAAGUGGGAGAACUGCAUGACUAUUGACAAGAGGUCAUGGGGGUACAGGAGGAACGCAAAUCUUGAAGAUUACUUGACAAUUGAGGACUUGGUGAAGCAACUUGUAGAAACAGUGUCUUGUGGAGGAAACCUCCUGAUGAAUAUCGGGCCCACUCACGAUGGCCGCGUCGCUGCUAUCUUUGAGGAACGCCUGCGGCAAAUGGGUGCUUGGCUGAAAGUCAAUGGAGAAGCCAUCUAUGGAACGAAACCGUGGAGAGCACAGAACGACACGGUCACACCACAAGUGUGGUACACGUUCAGACCAAAGGAAGGCAAAGUAAAUGCCAUCUUCCUUAACUGGCCAAACUCUGGGAUUCUGGAACUUGGUGAGCCACAGGCAAGGCUUGCAGAAACACAGGUGAAGUUAGUUGGCUACAAGGAACCACUGAAAUGGGUUGCAAUGGGAGAAAAGGGAAUUGUCGUAGCUCUACCUCAAUUAACUCUGAAGCAAUUGCCGUGUCAGUGGGGCUGGACCUUGCAACUGACUGAUGUAAACUGAGCCAUACACUGGAGCCUUGGGUAGUACAGAAGUUACAUUGUUGGUGUUCUUUCUUCCUGCCCAGUUUCUCAUCAUUGGCUUUGAACUACUACUUGACUGAGAAACAUCUACUUUUUUUUUUUUUUUUUUUUUUAAAAGACUGUUAUACAAGAUGGAAUGAAAUGAACCUCAUACGAAAUCUAAUUACUUACCUAUCUAUUGUACAGCUAGUUUCUCUGAGUUUGUGUGAAUAACUGAGCCUUUAUCUUGACCUCUUCGCUUUUUUUAGUCUGUUUCUUGGCAGUUAUGUGAAAAGGGGCAGUAGAUUUUUUUUUUUUUUUUUUAAAGCCCUGAGAAAGAACAAGCUCAUGGUCAACAGGUCAGACAACUGUGCAUAAAAGUUGUAUACUUUCAGUGCAAGAGAACUGAGAGUUUUAUGGAAAUAUUGUAAAAGAAAAAAAAAUAAUGCAUAUAUAUAAGCCUUAAAAGAAUGAACUUUCCAGUUGUGUGCUACAUCUGGCAGCUUCGGCUGAAAUGGAUAUACUGCAGCUGCAAGAACACUCAUAAUGACUAGCAAUUAAUCAUGAAUGCAUGGAGGCAAUGCAUAUGUACAUUUUAAUCUCUAAUGAUAAGAUAAUGAGAAUCACUAACAGAACUAUUUUGAGUAAUUCUGUCCACGAGUUCUGAUUAUUUACUUUUUUUUUUUUCUUCUAUGUUUUGUAUCAUGUCAUAAAGUUAAGGCUGGCUCUUGUUUACAUCCAUUAUUUUUACAGUUACCAGGGUGCCUUCUGUGAACUAUGGACUAUUAACAACAACAAAAACUAUAUUUCAGCAAUUAUUUUUUUUUUUAAGGAUUUGUUGCUAGGGCUCCUCAGCUUUGGCAAGAAGACAACAUUUUAAGCAUGAGUUGGAUUGUGGCCAGUUGAAAAAUUCCCAAACUCAUCACAUAUCAGGACUAAGAAUGGUAGGCCUGCAUGUGAGAUCUGCAUGGAGCAGGAGAUGAAAGACAACAAAAAACAGGAAUAUUUUCAGUAUAGAACCCAAAGGCUUGAGUAAUCUUAAUAAAUGCAAAACUAUUACUGAGUAAGUUAAAUUCACUCUCUUUUUUCAACUCCAUGAGGCUUUUAAGUGACAGGCCAAAUAAGGUAUUGCUUUUUCUGCUAAGUAAUGUUAUUACACACGCACAAAGUUUACAUUAAAAUAUUUUAUUACAAUACAGACAAUUAGCCUCAAAAUUAAUACAAAUUAAGAUAAAAUAUUUACAAGUUAAUGUGUACAAUGUAGCUGUUUGAACAGCAUAAACAAGAACGUCUAAAAAUCUACAUUCUGUAAGUAACAAAGAGAGCACCCCCAACUUGUUCAAGAGGCAUGGGCAGCAGUUGGCAAAGGCUUUCUGAAGAAUGAGGAGCAAUGUUUGUAAAGUCAAGGGGAGAAGUCUUUUACAACAAAAGAAAAAUGUGAACCCUUACUCAGUUCUGUUAUUCUUCAAUUAAUGUUUUUCCCAAACCAUACACCCCCCCAGGCCACCAAGUUUGUUUGUUUUAGUAACUUCUAGAAGUACUGCCACGAGAUGCCUUUCAAAUGCAAUAAAAAUAAUCAAAUUAUG